AUGUCACUCUCAACAAUAUCUCGGAACCUACAUGGUCUACGGAAUAUUCAGUUCACUGGAGCUGAGAUCCCACGACGAUGGACACUCAGAACAUUAUCCACCUCUCGUCCGGUGAGAGAACAUUACCUCGAUGCUACUCCUGAAACCUUCAAAUCUCGUGUGAAAGAAGGAACUUCUAAACCUGUCCUCGUUGACUUUUACGCUACAUGGUGUCAGCCAUGUAGAGUACUCACCCCUUUGCUGAAAAAUGUCACAAGUCCAGAGAGCGGAUAUGACCUCUUGACCCUUGAUGUGGAUGAAAACCCAGAGUUGGCCGCGGAAAACAAAAAGAUAUCAGCUUUACCAACGGUGGUGGCUUUCAAAGAUGGAAAAGUUGUGAACAAGUUUGUGGGUUUCAGACCAGAAGCAGAGAUCAGAAAAUUUCUCAACAUGUUAUGA